GCCAUGUUUGAAGAAAAUGACGAAGAAAUCAUGGACGCUUCUGAUGGAUCUUCACCUGGGAACACCUUCGCCUCCUUUGUCAGAGCGAAGACGCCGGUCUCCCGUGUCAGACAUCUCCACUGGCUGCAGACACUUGUGAUGCUCCUCCUGUUGGCAGAUAUGACAUCAGCACAUGCGUCCAGUGAUGACAUUCCUGCUACUCUUUCCCCAGAUAGCGAGACGUCAGUGUACUACUUUAUUGAUCUCGUUGUGACUGCCAAUGAACCGAAGAACGAAUCACAAAUCAGUGACUGGCUCAGCGACGUGUUCACAAGCAAGCUGCAGAGCUGCGUGUCUCUAAGAGCCACAACUACGUCUCCACAGACGACAUACGAGACCACGCUCAUGACGACAGUCACAACAACAAUGCAAAGCUUCAACACCACUACACCUGCAGCAACUACAACGUUACCGAGCGCCAACACGACUACACCUGCAGCAACUACAACGUUACCGAGCACCAUCACGACUACACCUGCAGCAACUACAACGUUACCGAGCGCCAUCACGACUACACCUGCAGCAACUACAACGUUACCGAGCGCCAUCACGACUACACCUGCAGCAACUACAACGUUACCGAGCGCCACCACGACUACACCUGCAACAACAGCAACGUUACCGAGCGCCACCACGACUACACCUGCAGCAACUAUGUUACAGAGCGCCACCACGACUACACCUGCAGCAACUACAACGUUACAGAGCGCCAUCACGACUACACCUGCAGCAACUACAACGUUACUGAGCGCCAUCACGACUACACCUGCAGCAACUACAACGUUACAGAGCGCCAUCACGACUACACCUGCAGCAACUACAACGUUACUGAGCGCCAUCACGACUACACCUGCAGCAACAACGUUACCGAGCGCCACCACGACUACACCUGCAGCAACUACAACGUUACAGAGCGCCAUCACGACUACACCUGCAGCAACAACGUUACCGAGCGCCAUCACGACUACACCUGCAGCAACAACGUUACCGAGCGCCAUCACGACUACACCUGCAGCAACAACGUUACCGAGCGCCAUCACGACUACACCUGCAACAACAGCAACUGCAACUACACCUGCAAGAAUCCAACCAUCCAAAGAAAUCAAAGCAACAACAGCUGUAACUACACCUGCAACAACAGCUGCAACAACGGCGUUAAGCAACAGCGCAACAACAGUGUUACCAACAAUCACCACACCUACACCUGCAACAACAACACCAACUACUAGGAUUGUCAGGACAAGACCUCAACAGGGCAAUAAUGGUAAUAAUAAUAAUAAUGGCCGCCUCCGUCGGGAUAUUCGUAACCAUGGGACCCAAGUCAGAACAAACCAAAUCUUUGGCCUAUUUAAAGGAAUUAACGUUACAUGCAUCAAGAAGACGGCAAUAAGAGAAACCCGCUGCCUGGUGACGCUGCAGCUGCACCAGAGGAUCUCCUCCUGCUGCAUCCUUCGGAGGCUCUGUGCAGCCAGCAGAGAGUCCUCUGACAUCCGCACGGUGGGGAAACCAGCAGAUGCAAAUAUCACACUGGAAAAUGAGUGUGACAGCGCCAUACAAGAGCUGAACGGCUGCACGUUUACUGGAGGACCUGAAGCAUCAUGUCCAAGUGGAACACCCGUGGUCGUGCAGCUGGGGGAGCAGUGUGUCGUCGACCCGCGACCAGACAACGCCACGUCUGCCGAGAACCAAGCCAACGCGCUGCUGGCGCUGACGGCGGACGUGUCCCAGCUGAACUCCAGCCAGGUGGCCCAGCUGGUGUCUCAGCUGGAGGGCCUCCUGUCGGGCCCCAGCGUCAGCAUGGGGCUGGGCAACACCUCCGUGCACAUCGUCAGCAAUCUGCUGGGCGCCUCCGCCGAGGUGCUGUCUGACUCCUCCGACAGUAUUAUAGGGAUUGUUGACACGGUGGGCUUGAAGCUGGUCCUCGGGGGAGAGGCCGAGACCCUCCUGUCCCCGUCUGUGGCUCUGUCUGUGAAACCAGCAGAUGGCACCAACUUUCAGGAAACCAUCUUCUCCAUCUCAGACCCCAGUAAUGUGCAGGUGCGUGGGGAUCCCAGGCGGGGGCGGAGCCUGAGAGCAGACUCCACCGCCCCCCAGGGCUCCAUCAGGCUGCCUCCAUCUCUCACCCAGGACCUGACUGGAGAGCAGCAGCAACUGGCCACCAGAGUCCAGUUCAACUUCUACCAGGAGAGCACCGUGUACCAGGUCCUCACAGUUAUUAUUAAUAAUAAUAUUUUUAUUUAUGUAUUAUUUUAUUAUGGAUUUGGCUGCUGGCUGAAGAACGACAUUGCGUUCUACGUGGCGGUGGUGGCGUAUUUCUGCGUGAUUUUCGUUUUCAACAUCGCCAUGUUCAUCGUGGUGCUGGUGCAGCUGUGUCGGCUGAAGAGGCAGAACCCUCACAACAUGCAGCACCGCACCACGCUGCAGGACGUGCGCAGCGUGGCGGGCAUCAUGAUCCUCCUGGGCCUCACCUGGGGCUUCGCCUUCUUCGCCUGGGGUCCCCUCAACCUGCCGUUCAUGUACCUCUUUGCCAUCUUUAACUCCUUACAAGGUUUCUUCAUCUUUUUGUUCUACUGUGCGGUAAAAGAAAACGUGAGGAAGCAGUGGAGGACUUACCUUUGCUGUGGCCGCAUGAGACUAGCAGAGAACUCAGAAUGGAGCCGCAUUUGUAACAGAGGACCAGGCGAGGUCGCCGGAGUCCAGAGUGAUAUCCAACAACUCGUCCUCGUCUUUCCUCGCCAGCGACUCAACGGAGCAGUUAACCCAAUCGAUGACAGAGCGAUCACAGCAGAUGAAAACCAGAGUGCGGACGUGGUCCUCAACGAGAUCAACAGCCAGUACAGGAACCAACGGGCGGCCUGA